CACACAUCAAAUCAAAUCAAACGGCGUAGUAACAACAAUCAACAAGUGAGAUCAUGUCGGGCGAUGGAAAGAAAACUUUUACGCGGGCCGAGGUCGCCAAGCACAACACAAACAAGGAUACCUGGCUGCUCAUCCACAACAGUGUCUACGAUGUCACCGCGUUUUUGAAUGAGCAUCCCGGAGGCGAGGAAGUGCUCAUCGAGCAAGCCGGCAAGGAUGCCACAGAGAAUUUCGAGGAUGUGGGACACAGCAACGAUGCCCGUGAAAUGAUGACAAAGUACAAAAUCGGAGAGCUGGUGGAGAGCGAACGCACCAGCGUGGCACAGAAGUCGGAGCCCACCUGGAGCACGGACACGCAGAACGAGGAGAGUUCGGUGAAGUCCUGGCUGCUGCCCCUGGUCCUCUGUCUGGUGGCCACCCUCUUCUACAAGUACUUCUUCGGCAGUGCCAAGCAGCAGUAGACGACACCCAGUAGCCAGAGGAAACUACGCCUGCUACAGCGGAACAGCCGUGCGUUUCUCCCACUUACCACUUACCACUUAGUUAGUUAUACACGCAAUCUACAAACCAAAUUCGGACUUGAUCCGGACUCUUGUAGAGGAUUAGUGAAUGGAAUGGGAUCGGAUGGUUGCAGGAGCAGGGCGUAGCGAUAGUACAUUUCUGCUAAGUUUUUAAAGAUAAUUCAUCUGAAUGUUGUUUAGCAUUUGACCUUCUUUUGUACUCUUACUCUUUGUAAUUCCGUCAGGCGGUGGGGCUUGAGUUCUGUUAUUAAUGAUAUUCUUACUUUGCGACACAAACUGAAAACCAAACAAAAAAAUAAAUCAUCAAACAUGUGAGUG